GCUGAGCUGAUCAGUUGAAUUCACGUCGUCGGCGAGUCGAGAAGCAAAACGCGGAAACUGUUGAGCAAAUAUAGCCGAGAACCUGAGCUGAGUGUUAAGAUACUUCAAGUUUGGCUUUGCGCGGGGCUUUUUCAUUCGGCCGACAUAAAUCAAAGCAAUUUGCAGAUCGUUUUGCGAGCGUUGUUGUGAAUGAGCCAACUUAAGCGGCGAUUAUUGUGCGGUGCAGCUUUCAAAUCCAUCUCAGUGUGGUAAUUUUUACUGUUGGCUAAUUGUGCAAGUAAAACCAAAAUUCAAAACAACAACCACGCUUCGUCUAGUCAGCAGUAUCUUUGUGUGUUUCUGUGUGCCAGUGUACCUGUGUGCCUGUGUCCGCUCAAUCUUUGCUCAAUCGCAAUCUUUGGGCAUUGCCAAAACUGGUUAACUAAAAGCAAACGUGUUCUUUACGUUUCUGUUGACUUUGCCAGCCGCAAAGCUAAUCAGCGAAGGCAAAACAAAAUAAAUAAAAUUCACAACAAGGCAAAUCGAUAACAAAUUGUUGCCACAGUUCCUGCAAUCCGAGGUUUUCUGCUCGGAAAAAACAUCUGCAGCCAGUUGAAGAACUUCAAGGAGCACAGGACUGCCGCGAUAUGGACACCGCUGCCGACGGAGUACCGCCAACGGCGCCAGCAGCGAUGGCGACGACGGCCAACAGUGAUCUGGACUUGGCGGCACGUCGGCGUCUCUUCAUCUCACAGCCCUCGACUUUGGCGACGCGACGGCAGCAGGCGGUUUGUGUGCGGCGGGCCCACAAAAUGUACGGCAGCAGCAAGAAUCCCAACGUUGUCCUCGACGGCCUGAACAUGACAGUGCCCAAAGGGUCCAUAUACGGGCUCCUGGGCGCCUCUGGAUGCGGGAAAACAACGCUGCUCAGCUGCAUCGUCGGACGACGUCGCCUCAAUUCUGGCGAGAUUUGGGUGCUCGGCGGACGACCCGGAUCCCGUGGAUCCGGUGUGCCGGGACCCCGGAUUGGCUAUAUGCCACAGGAGAUAGCCCUUUACGGCGAGUUCACGAUGCGUGAGACCUUAAUCUACUUCGGCAUCAUUUCGGCCAUGCCCAAAAGCGACAUCGAGGAUCGCACCGAAUUCCUGCUCAAAUUGCUCAAUUUGCCAAAUGCCUCGAAAUUUGUCAAGAAUCUGAGUGGCGGCCAGCAACGAAGAGUAAGUUUGGCAGUGGCCCUGCUCCACGAACCGGAGCUUCUCAUCCUGGAUGAGCCGACGGUGGGCGUGGACCCGGUCUUGCGACAGAGCAUCUGGGAUCAUUUGGUGGACAUUACGAAAAAUGGUCACACAACUGUGAUAAUCACCACGCAUUACAUCGACGAGUGUGCCCAGGCGCAUAUGAUUGGCCUACUGCGUGGUGGAAAAAUGCUGGCGGAAGAAUCUCCGGGCUAUCUGCGACAGCAGUAUAAUGCUGAUUCACUGGAGGACGUUUUCUUGAAACUGUCCGUUUUGCAGAACAUGGGAAAGCGGCGACGAUCGUCGAUCGCUCAGGAAAUCGUGGAACAGGUGACGGUGCCGGCCAUCUCCAAUCCCGCUCUCGACAUGUCGGAUGAGCAGCACGCCGCCGAAAUUUCCGGCGAGUUUGGCGAUAACAUUUCCAUGUCCUCUGCUGCCCGGGAUCCGAUCACUACCACCGCCCCCGCAGCCCCGCCGCUGCCACCGCCACAGGAGACGCCCACAUCCUUUUGGUACAACCUUCAUGUGAUGCAGUCGCAUCACCUGCACGCCCUCAUCUGGAAAAACUUCUUGUGGAUGAUGCGUAACGUGGGGGUGAUGCUGUUCAUCGUGGGCCUGCCCGUUGUGCAGAUACUGCUCUUCUGCUACGCCAUCGGCCAUGACCCGACUGGCCUAAAAUUGGCCGUGGCAAAUCACGAGAUGUCGGGGGAAAUGAUUAUGGAACAGUUCUGUCCAGUGCACACCGGAUGCAAUCAGACGAUGCUGAGCUGCCGUUAUCUCGAUAUGCUGGUCAAGAACAAGAGCAUGGUUGUGAAAUAUGUGACUGACGACGAAAUGGCCUACGAAGAGGUGAGGAAAGGUAAGGCCUGGGCUGCUCUAGUAAUUCAACCCAACUACACGGCUUCGCUAAUGGAACGCGUUGAAGAUGGACGUUAUGCAGAGGAUGGCACCAUCGAAUCCUCCGAUCUGGCAGUGCGAAUGGAUUGGUCCAAUCAACAAAUCUCACAGCUGCUUUACCGUGACCUCCAGUACACCUUCUUCAACUUUGUGGGCGACAUGCUGGGCGACUGUGAUCUGAACCCAAAACUAGGACGUGUCCCUGUGGACUUCAACCAGCCCAUCUACGGCUACCGGAAUCCCAACUUCACGGACUUUGCUGCCCCGGGCGUUAUCCUGACCAUUAUCUUCUUCCUGGCCGUGGCCGUCACCUCCGGAGCGAUGCUGAUCGAUCGGAAUGAGGGCAUGCUGGAGCGGUGUUUGGUGGCGGGGAUCACGGGUCCGGAGAUCCUGCUCUCCCAGGUGGUCACCCAGUUCACUGUGAUGCUAAGCCAGACAAUUUUUGUCCUGAUCGUCAGUUUCUACUUCUUCGAACUGACCUUGGUGGGCGACAUUUGGCUGGUGGUGGCCCUCUGCAUCCUGAACGGACUUUGCGGCAUGAGCUUCGGAUUCGUUAUAUCCUGCGCUGUGGACACGGAGCGAACGGCCACGUAUGUGGCGAUGGGCUCCUUCCUGCCCAUCGUCAUGUUGUGCGGCAUCAUCUGGCCGAUCGAGGGCAUGUUCCCGCUGCUGCAGUUCUUCACAGCCUUCCUGCCGCUCACCAAGCCAACGGAAUCGAUGCGUUCCAUUCUGCAACGCGGCUGGGGCAUCGACAAUCCCGUUGUAUACAAUGGCUUUAUUUCUAUUUCCUCCUGGGUGCUGGUGUUCCUCAUACUCACUAUCCUCCUGCUCAAGUUCAAGAAGGGUUAGUCCCCUUUUGGGUUGAUCCGACACAGAAAAAAUGUAAUGAUACUUUGGAAGCCUAAAUAUCUCGGAAAAAAUAAAAAUCAAUAGAGGUGUUCGCUAGUCUUGAAGAACUUGGAUAUUUUAUAGCUUAUUUCUUAACAGCACUAGCGAAUAUCUGUUUUGUUUAAUUAAAAGACUUCUAACAGUUCAGUUUAAAUAGUACAAGUAACUAUACAAUUUUACAAACAUUAAAAUAAAUUAAACAGCAAGGUUUCCAAAAACAAAAUUUGAUCUGUAAAUAUUGCCUCCAAAAUCAUAGUUUUUCCUGUGAGCGUUUCUUAUGAUUUUACUAGGUUUUAAGGGUAGACUUACGCUAUCUUAGCCAGUAAUUAGUACUUAGUCCUAGCCCUCCUUCACUGGCAAUAGGUUCCGGAAUACCACUAGCACCUAGAAAGGAAAUUGUUGUGCCUUGUAGAAUAAGCUUUUCCAUGUCAUAUUACUUUCAUACUCACACCCACAGACCAACAUCAAUGCAUUAUAUUUAUGAUGUAAGCUUGUGAACAAAAUUCGAAAAGUUUGAAUAAAUUGAUAGAAUAAC